CGCACUAAAACUUGAAGCAUUGAUUCCGCUGGGAUAUAGAGGAGGAGAGGAGAGGAGCACCGAACACAUACACAGACCUCCACAGAACUCCACCAUCGCCAUGGCCGGGAUUACUCUACAUUGCUUCCUAUACUCUCUCAUCUUUGGGAUCUGUUCGGCAGUCACAGGAUCUAGGAUCUAUCCGGCCAGUGAAGUUACCCUCUUGGAUUCCAGGUCUGUGCAAGGAGAGCUUGGCUGGAUAGCCAGUCCUGUAGAAGGAGGGUGGGAAGAAGUGAGCAUCAUGGAUGAAAAAAACACUCCUAUACGAACCUAUCAGGUCUGUAACGUAAUGGAGUCAAGCCAGAACAACUGGUUACGGACUGACUGGAUCCCCCGAAGUGGGGCACAGAGGGUGUAUGUUGAAAUCAAGUUCACCCUAAGGGACUGUAAUAGCUUACCUGGUGUGAUGGGAACUUGCAAGGAGACAUUUAAUCUUUACUAUUAUGAGUCAAACAGCGAUAAGGAACGCUUUAUCCGCGAAACUCAAUUUGUCAAAAUUGACACUAUAGCUGCUGAUGAAAGCUUCACCCAGGUGGACAUUGGAGACCGGAUAAUGAAGCUCAACACGGAGGUCAGGGAUGUAGGUCCACUCAGCAAGAAAGGUUUCUACUUGGCCUUUCAGGAUGUGGGAGCAUGUAUCGCCCUUGUGUCUGUCCGUGUUUUCUACAAGAAGUGUCCGUUAACUGUUCGGAACCUGGCCCAGUUUCCUGACACCAUCACAGGUUCUGACACCUCCUCGCUGGUAGAAGUCAGAGGAUCUUGUGUCAAUAACUCUGAGGAGAAAGAUGUGCCUAAAAUGUACUGUGGAGCCGAUGGCGAGUGGCUGGUGCCUAUUGGGAACUGCCUGUGUAAUGCCGGGUAUGAAGAGCGCAAUGGGGGGUGUCAAGCUUGCAAAGCCGGAUAUUACAAGGCCCUCUCAUCGGAUGCAACGUGUUCCAAGUGUCCUCCGCACAGCUUUGCUCUUCGUGAAGGUUCCACCUCCUGCACCUGUGAUAGGGGCUAUUUCCGUGCCGACAGUGACCCUGCCUCAAUGCCUUGCACUCGUCCACCAUCAGCUCCUCAGAACCUGAUUUCCAAUGUCAAUGAAACCUCUGUGAAUUUGGAGUGGACUGCUCCUCAGAACAAUGGCGGAAGGACAGAUGUUUCUUACAAUGUGGUCUGUAAGAGAUGUGGUUCUGAUUUAACUCGCUGCCGGCCAUGUGGCUCUGGAGUCCAUUUCACACCCCAGCAGAAUAUUCUGAAGACAACCAAAGUGUCCAUCACCGACCUGCAAGCUCAUACCAACUAUACCUUCGAGAUCUGGUCAGUGAAUGGAGUGUCCAAACAGAACCCUAGUCAAGAUCAGUCUGUGUCGGUGACUGUGACAACCAACCAAGCUGCUCCAUCGACUGUAACGCAGAUUCAGCCAAAGGAGAUCACCAGACACAGUGUGUCCUUAUCCUGGCCAGAACCUGACCGUGCCAAUGGCGUCAUCUUAGAGUAUGAAGUCAAGUACUAUGAAAAGGACCAAAAUGAACGAAGCUAUCGAAUUGUAAAAACUGGUACUCGCAGUGCUGAUAUCAAAGGUCUUAAUCCACUAACUGCCUACGUUUUCCAUGUCCGUGCCCGAACUGCAGCAGGAUACGGAGAUUUUAGCGGCCCUUUUGAGUUCACCACCAAUACUGUUCCGUCCCCCAUGAUCGGUGAAGGAGCCAGUCCUACGGUGCUGUUGGUGUCCGUGGCAGGGAGCAUCGUCUUGGUGGUCAUUCUCAUUGCUGCCUUUGUCAUCAGCAGAAGGCGGAGUAAGUACAGCAAAGCAAAACAAGAAGCUGAUGAGGAGAAGCAUUUAAACCAAGGGGUAAAGACGUAUGUUGAUCCAUUUACAUAUGAAGACCCUAACCAAGCAGUCCGAGAAUUUGCAAAGGAGAUUGACGCUUCUUGUAUAAAGAUUGAGAAAGUCAUUGGCGUAGGAGAGUUUGGAGAGGUGUGCAGCGGGCGACUGAAGGUUCCUGGUAAAAGAGAAAUUUAUGUGGCUAUCAAGACCUUGAAAGCUGGUUACACCGAUAAACAGAGACGGGACUUCCUCAGCGAGGCCAGCAUCAUGGGACAGUUUGAUCACCCCAACAUCAUUCAUCUUGAAGGUGUGGUGACCAAAUGUAAACCGGUUAUGAUCAUUACCGAAUACAUGGAGAACGGCUCCUUGGAUGCUUUUUUGAGGAAGAACGAUGGAAGGUUCACUGUCAUUCAGCUGGUUGGGAUGCUGCGAGGCAUUGGAUCCGGAAUGAAGUAUUUGUCUGAUAUGAGUUAUGUACACCGAGACCUGGCUGCCCGCAACAUUCUGGUCAACAGCAACCUAGUCUGCAAAGUGUCUGACUUUGGCAUGUCCCGUGUCUUAGAGGACGAUCCUGAGGCGGCCUAUACCACCAGGGGAGGUAAGAUCCCCAUCCGAUGGACCGCACCAGAAGCGAUUGCUUACAGGAAGUUUACAUCUUCUAGUGAUGUAUGGAGUUAUGGCAUCGUCAUGUGGGAAGUCAUGUCGUAUGGUGAACGGCCUUAUUGGGAUAUGUCCAAUCAAGAUGUCAUUAAAGCCAUAGAAGAAGGCUAUCGUCUCCCCCCUCCCAUGGACUGCCCCAUUGCUCUUCAUCAGCUUAUGCUAGACUGCUGGCAGAAAGAGCGCAGUGACCGGCCAAAGUUUGGACAGAUCGUUAGCAUGUUAGAUAAGCUUAUCCGGAACCCAAACAGCCUAAAAAGGACUGGAUUGGAAGGCUCCAGGACAAAUACUGCUCUGCUGGACCCUGGCUCGCCUGAAUGGUCCCAGGUGGUUUCUGUAUUGGACUGGCUGCAGGCCAUUAAAAUGGAGCGAUACAAAGAUAACUUCACAGCAGCCGGGUAUAACAACCUGGAAUCCGUCGUGCACGUGAACCAAGAUGACCUAACCCGGAUUGGUAUCACUUCCCCCGCACACCAGAACAAAAUUUUGAGCAGUGUCCAGGGAAUGAGGACCCAGAUGCAACAGAUGCAAGGCAGGAUGGUUCCUGUCUGAUUUAUUAGUGCAUCAGGACAAAGCUGCACACUCAGAACUCUUGAAAAAUUAGUUUACCUCAUCCAUGCACUUUAAUUGAAGAACUGCACUUUUUUUUACAUUAACCUCACCCCGCCGGACAGAGACUUAAAUUAUCGCAGGGGCUGAGGAGAAACCCAUUCAACAUGGAAAUAGUCAUUCGUGCCACACUCACAUCGGGAAGAUGGUCAUAUCCAAGGGGGAGCUCUCAUGUCACUAGAUGCAUAUGAUUUACCGGACUUCCGCCAUCUCAUCGAGGGUUGAUUUUGCGUGUAACAUGGACAUCAUUAUGGAAUGGAUACAUCACUUCAUCAGUGUGGGCAAAUGGAAUAACCACAUGAUCUGUUGCUGGAGAUGCAGACCGUUGUAGUGGAAGAAUAAGGGACCAAUGGAGGCUGCUUCCUGUGCAUCAGAGAAUUUUAGGAUCUUGUGGACAUGUGCUAGGGUGAGAGAUUACAUCAGGAUCUAAGGGAUAUGCAUUUGUACUACCUAAAGACGAUGGUCUGGAAAGGAAUUUAAAGGGAGCUGCACUCUUGUCAAUUCUCCACGGCAAGCCGAUCAUCCACAGGUACAACUGAACUGAAGCCAAAAAGAUUCUCUUAAAACUUCAGAGGGGGUUCUGAGGAGGAUGUCAUGGACACGGCUGCUGAUUCUCCAGCAAGAAAAUUCCACAAGGUCCCACAGGUCUUCCUGUGUAUUCCAUGCCCUGGUGUAUAAUGACAAUGGAAGCUAGCUGAUGUUUACUAACGAUGCCAUGUCUUCGAGGCUUGGAUAUUUUUGCCUUCAGUAAAUUGGAUUAUUGAGGUCACAUGGCCAUCUCAAUGCUUGUUCUUCUAAAAGGGAAUAAAGGCACUUCACCCCAGACCAGUUUCUGUUCUGUUCCACUGCACAUUUAAGAGGACAAAGGUGUGAGCAGAGCAUUGCAGUCACUAAGGAGUUAAUUGUAUGCCAAACUAACCUUAAGCAUGGACCCAGCUUACCAUGGGCCGAGGAACUGUUUUGCUUUAUGGUUUUCCCGAAAACAACAAAGACUUGACGCACUCCGAUCGAGGCCUGUUCCUCAUCUGUAUAGGCCUCUGUAUUGUAAUAUUAAUUUCCAUUUAACAAAAAAAAAAAAUUAUGCAAUUUUUCCAUUUUUUGCUAUCUACUUGUACCAGUGACAACCAGGUAGAACUGCCAAUUAAGUUUAUAUAUAUAUAUAUAUAUGAGGAAGGAUUUGAGGAUUUGUUUCAUAUAUAUAUAUAUAUAUAUAUAUAUAUAUAUAUAUAUAAACUUACAUCUUUGUGCUUAACCCUUUGUCUUUGUCCAAUUGUCCUCACCUCAAAGCUGUUCAGUUUGACCACUAUGAGCUUUUAAGAUUAGCAGACCGUGUGAAAUCUUGGAAAUGCAAGCUUUUUCACCAUCCUUCCCUACAGAGAUUCUGUUCCUUCAUGUGUGAUCACUAAAACUCUUAAACCAAUGAGCCUAAGAAUGUUUUUCUAAAAAGGUGGAAAUAAAAAAAAUUACGUGCAGCCAUUAGGGAUUUUGAUAGCAUUCAGGACACAGAUAGAGAACACAUCAGGAAAUCUCAUCAGGCUUCCAUUCCAUAAUACAGAUGUAGCCAAGAAUCACAGCAUAUGUCAAAGCCAUGGUGUUUUCUAAAAAAAAAAACAGUUAGAUCAUUUGAAAGCGUGGUGGACUAUAUUGUGGCAUGAGGGGCUUAUGGUUAAUAAUACAUCUCAAUACAGGGAAGAAAAUUCUGCAGAAUUCAGGUCCAGCAAUCAAAUCUUGAAUCCAGUAGGGUUUUAGAGGUAAGCAUAGACAUUCGAUGGCUAUCACUGAUCUUGGGAGGAUUUAAUAAUUAUUAUCCAAUCUGAGACAACUGCUCGUAAUAAUUAUUAUAAUGUCUAUAGGCACCAUCUGACAUUAGUAAUUAACCUCAGAUGUGUCAUGAGGAAUGCCUAUCAGAUUGGAUAUUUAAGCUUAUAAACCAAUCCUUCACAAAAAAGGAGCAUGUAGACUUAGAAGACAUACAUGCUUGAACAGAUCAAUGGGGUUGAUUUACUAAAACUGGAGAGUGCAAAAUCUGGCGCAGCUCUGCAUAGAAAUCAAUCUGCUUCCAGGUCAAAGCUUAACUAAACAAGCUGAUGUUAGAAGCUGAUUGGUUUGUAUGCAGGGAUGCACCAGAUUUUGCACCCUCCAGUUUUAGUAACUUAAACCCAGUGUGCACGUCUCUGUGCAUCUCAGUAGGAAAGGCUGGUAACGGCCAAGCAGAUCAGCAUCGCCCUGAGAUUUGAUAUCUGUCUGUUGCUGUCUUGAUUGCAUGUUGCACUAGACUCAGCAACAUUUAGGUAUGCAGCUCGAUGAUUGCUCCCUUUUCCAGAAGGAUCUUUCUAUAAGGCAGAGACUUUCCAACACGUUGAGACAUGAUGAGUGCUUCCAACACUUGUUACUGACAUGGUAAUCCCCACACUACCAAAUGCCUGUGUAUCGCUCUUGGUAAUUCGGUAGUGUUAGGGUAACGUGAGCAGUAACUAGUCAGUAAGGGUAUCUGGCUGUUUUUGGAGCCAAGGAAAUGCUGUGCACAACAUUAAGUUAAUAAAUGACUGACUUCAAUCUUAAUGCUAUAGUGGCAUUUUAGAAAGAGUAAGAAAACUUAGAACCUAUGUCAAGUGUUUAUUGCUAUCCAUCUUCUGUUGGAAAGGAUUUCCCCCCUUGCAUCCCCAAUGGGGACAUUUACCAAGAUAGCAUUAAAAGCCUGAUACAGUAGUUAAACUUUGGCAACCCAGAAAAAAAAAAAAAAAAGGUUUUGGCUGGAGUUACACUUCAGAAGCCAUACAAUGGUAAUACCAAUUGACUUCAUUGGAAAUGCUGCCAUAAAUUAGGCACCAGCAAUACAUUAUUUUUUUGUGAUUAUCCCUGUUUUAACAAUGUUGUGACCUCCACUUUCGUCCCUCAUACCUCCCAAAAGACUCUAUUGUACUUCAUGACUUUGCACGUACGCUGCAGGCGAGAGAUGAUAUGCAUUAAUCAGUAUUUGUGUGUUACUGCCAAAACAUUUUUUUUUUAAUUUCUAUAUAUAUUACAAGAAUUGUAUACCUAGCAAUACCCGACUUUGGAUGAGAACCGCUAACCUAAAUGCCUAUAACUGGGCCUGAGUUUUAGGUCCAGUUCCAUGCAGAAAAUUUCUAGAUUGAUCCAGUUUAUCAUUAGCAGUAUUUUUCACUUCCUAACCUGAACUUAACCCCACCAAAUGUUAACCAGAGAAAGAAAAGGGACGUUCUAUUUUUUGUGUCACAGCAAAAGAGAAAUUUAAAUUUAGCUUGUUCUAAAAAACAAACAAAAAAAAAAAAAAAA